AUGAUUUGAUUUAGGGUACACCCCUGUUGAAAUUUGGUCUCUUCCGCGUAAUUUGAUCAGCCCAAAAAUCACGUGACGAAAUAACCUUGCCGACGCGCAUGCGUUUCGAGCUAACAACAAAGAAAAUGGCGUCAGUGAAGUUGCCUUGAAGAAGAGGAGCAGCAAGGUUUCUACAUUCAUCCACAGUUUUCCAAGGAGACAGCAUCUCAAUCCCAUUGUUGCAUAUUAUCCCACCCGUGAACUGAAACUGAAAGUACAUAAGAAUGUACAUGGAAAGUGAGAACAGAGAGGCAGAAGAGCUGGACCUGUUGUGUCGGGAGGCUUGUGAUACUCCGGAGCUGACACAGGAGGAGGAGUUGGACUUUUCUCCAGAUGAUGAGCCUCCACCAUUUGCACCACCAAAUGUCACAUCAGCUGGCAUUUCCUUUGCUGCAAGGCUGCCCCCAGAUGUGUUACAUCAUCAGCCUGCACAGAGGGACCAGGAGAGCCAACGUCAGGAAGCAGCUACCAAUAUCAACUGGCUGGCCGAGCUUGCCAUCAUUGCCACUUCACCUCAGAGUCCCCUGAUGCCAAAGACAACCCAUCACACUCACAGGAAGAGUCCCCAGCAACAUGCAGUCCUGAUGACAGACAGGCCAGACCGCUGCAUGCACAACUAUGCUCGCCCCCCUCCCCCUUCCUCCAGCCCUCCACUCACACACCCCAGACACAGACAGAGUGGCCUUAUUUCUGGGGGCAACGGUUUGUCUGCAUCAUCACACUUCUCUUCUAGCCAGAGACUGGCUGACCCACCAGCACUGUCCAAGUCCUGGCCAACCACAGCGUGGCACUGCUUCAUGAAAGGUACAAGAGUCCGACUGAGUGAAGAUGCCCGCAGGGAGUGGCGGCUGGCGGAGGACGUGCCAUCUGACGACUCCUUACAGGAGGACAGGAAACUCAAGGAGGUGCUAAACGUGCUGCUGGGAAAGGACACAACAUCCCUGUGUGGCCUGAGACUUGUACAGUUUGAGGAGACCACAACGGUGGACAGGUCGGCAGAAAACAUGGUGCACAUGGUUUUCAGAACAGAGGUGGCAGACAGGGAGAUCAGUGCAGAGUGUGCCCUGGACCAUCCCUUCUUUGUACGGGACAAAGGUUGGUGCUCCUUCCAUCCAGGUUUGACGUACACUCGUUAUGGCCUGCCAUGCCAGGAAAUAGAGUAUGGGGAUGUGUGCAUCCCCCCUCCCCACAGUGGUUCAUCCCCAGAUCAGGAAGAGGACUCAGACUCUGUGUUUGAUGAGUUUUCUGCUGUCAACUUCCUCAGCACUCUGGCUAAGCAAAGACGAGAGCUACAGACCAGCCCAGUCCGAUCUCCUCCCUCCUCUCCCACCAAGCGACAACGGAACAACAGUGGGAACAGCGACCAGCCAGUCAAGGCCAAGAGGCCCAUGAAUGCCUUCAUGCUGUUUGCAAAGAAGUUUCGCAUGGAAUACACACAGUUGUACCCCGGAAAGGAUAACAGGGCCAUCAGUGUGAUCCUGGGAGAUAGGUGGAAGAAGAUGAAGGUUGAAGAAAGAAAGGUUUAUGCACAAGAAGCCAAGGUGCUGGCCGAGCGACACAAGAAGAUCCACCCAGACUGUUGGAAACGGAAGAGAUCUACAUCAGCAUCCUCCAUGUAAUGAUAGGAGACCCAGCCCUUCUCAAGAGACCCACUGGCAGCUCCAACCUUCACCAAUGGUGCAUACGUUAUCCACUCAACUCAAGGGUUACUGCUCAGGCACCCACCCUUUAAACAAAUGUUCAUGCCUAAGCAUAUGUACUUGUUUAACUUGAUAUA